AGUGAUUUUGUGGACCGCGAAACACGCUGUUUUUGGGAGGCUUUCGUAUCGUAUUUUACUACUAAAUUAAAAUUGUCCAUAAAGUGGCCCAGAAGAUUUUGUUUCAUUAGCAGCAUGUCCACCUCGUGUGCACGCGAAUAUUCCCGAGAUGGGAAAUAUUUCGCAUUCAUCAACAGCCAGGGCAAGUUUGUGGUGUACGACGUCGAAACGAGCAACGUGAACCAAAUCUACACUCCGAACCUGCACCUGAAUGUUCCGUGUACGUGCUUCGCCUGGGUUGAGAUCGGUGCCGGUGGUCAGAAUAGUGCCAAGAAGAAAAAGAAACGUGCCAGUGGCGGAAGUGUACCGCCGCAAACGUUCGUGGCCUUCGGAACCAGCAAGGGAGGAGUCGCUCUGUAUGGCUUGGCUUCGGCUAAUAUCGAGAAAGUGUUCAAAGGAUCGGGCCACUCAGGACCGAUUACGGCUAUUUACGUUCAGGGAGAUUGUUUACUCACUGCUGGAGCAGAUGGAAAAGUUAUCGAGUGGAGCCUGGGAGAAUGUGUACAGCGAAAGGUCCACAAUCUGGGCGUUGAAAAGCUUACUUGUUUGGUAGCGGUCGCGGAAGGAUCAACGAUUUUGUCCGGCGCCAAGCAGCUGAAAUUGUGGGAUGUUGAGAAUGGGAAAGUGGUAAAAACGUUGGUCGGACAUACGUCGAAUACGGUACUAGUGAAGAAGAUUGUCAGCCAGGACGGACUGGUUUUCAUUCUAACAGGAUCGGUUAACGAUCGGAAUGUUUCGAUGUGGUCUGUGGAAGGGGAUGAUAAGUCUGCGGUUGGAUUGUUUGCUAUGGACGAUGCUCCGGAGUACUUUUCAACCAGAAUGGUGGGCGGAAAGUUGCACCUUGUUGCGGUAUCCAAAUCGGGAGUAGCACACUAUUUCAUCAAAAGUUUGGAUAAGAUCAACAUCAAUAAACCGAUCAAACCGAACUACACCUAUGAAGUGGCUUUGGAUGCAGCGGGUACUGGUUCAAAGGCCGUAGACCGGUUGCCAAUUUUUACAGCCAGUGUGGAGUUUUCUUCAAACCAGGAACAGCUGCUGAUUGCCUACGGGUCUGACCUCAGUCUCAAGUUUGAACAAAUCACGAUCGAAAAAGACCUCAAGCACAAUGUCAUCAUUCGCGAGCAGAUAAAAGGAUUGCUGCCGAAGGAUAAGAGCGAGAAAGAUCUUAAAGCGAAAACACCUACAGUUGAUAAGGCCGUCGCAGAAUUCCUGAAUCCGGUCAACGCCGGGAAGAAAUCACUGAAAACUGUGGAAAUUCCAAUGGAAGCCCGCUUGGAGAAUCUGGCCCUGUCGGCCGAUGGCGAUUUAAAGACCAAUGCCAAUCAGAAGAACAUGGUGCACUUGCUGGUUCAAGGCCUCCACAGCAAGGAUGCCGAAAUUCUGCGCAGCGUUUUCAGCAAAAACGAGCCGGACCUUAUACAACGGACGGCCGAGAGGAUACCGGCGCAGUAUGUAAGCAUUCUGCUGAACGAACUUUCCAGUCUUAUGCAGAAGAAGACAGUGCAUGUCGCAACGGCCGUCUGUUGGUUAAAGGCUUUGAUACACAGCCACGCCAGUCAGCUGAUGGCGCUGGGAUCGGAAAAUCUGCUGUCGAAUUUUGGAACCUGCUUGGGAAUUAUUGAAUAUCGAGUGGAACACGCCAACUCUCUCUCGAAAUUGAGUGGACGCCUGGAACUGUUGGUCAGCCAAAUCGAUCGAACCGAACGAUUGGCCAAAAAUCCCGACCAGAUGGUCAACGCUCACGUGUUGAUACAUCAGGAGGAAGAAGAUUCCGAAGUGGAUUCGGUUAUUGGUAAGGAGCAUGGUUCCUCCGAGGACGAGUAUGACGGAAUGAUGGAUGAAGAUGGUCCGGAGGAAGACGACGAUGCAGAGGACGAGGAGGAAAAUGCCUUGGCGGGAAGUUUUGUGCGAUUGCGAAAUGGGGCUGGCAAACAGGGUGGGCGAAAUCUGCAAGUGGACGAAGAGUCUAGCGGCGACGACGAGGAUGACGAUGACGAAGAAAUGGACGUUUCGGAUUAGUGUAACGCCUUAGAUUAAUGUUUUGUUAUGUAGAAAGAUAUCUAUUGUAUUUAGAAGUACAAUUCACAACCGCAUUGUCUUA